GCAGCUGCACCUCCUGCCUGUGGUUAGGGUGGGGUGAGCCCUGCAGACUUACGUGGCCCUCCGUGCCUGGUGGCUCCCCAGAGCCCCCCAGGAGCUCUUCAGCCGCAGACUGCCACCUGAGGACAUCGGUGCCAAGAGACGGUUCCUGGUGUGAGGGACCUGCAACUGCACCGAGCCAGGCCCUUGCCCUCCUCCUCCUCUUCCUCCUGUUUGCACGUGAAGGCCAUUUCAUAGCGCUGAGCUACCUCCAUGUCCCAUGACGUCUUCCCACCACCCUGUCUGUGCCCACAGCAUGCCCGCGGGGGGGCUGUCUGGCAGCCCUGGCACCAGGUUUCCCAUCACUUCUGCUUUUGGGGUGAUGCAAACCUCGGCACAGAGCGCAGCAGAGGCUGAGCUGCUCCGCCGCUGGGGCUGGGCUGCUGCGGGGGCUUCAGGAGGGGUGGGAGCCCCCUUUUUGGGACUGUACCCCCACAUCCUGGGUGCCCACAGCUCCCAUCCUUUGGUGGCCCCACUCCUGGCGUGACGUCCUUCCUCCUGCCAGCUCUCUGAAACCACAGCAGCUCUUCCGCGCCUCCCUUCCCGCGCAGGCGGAGGGCAGCCUGCGACGCCCUGCAGCCUCCCAGCUGCCCGCGGUGCUGGCACAGCCAGGUGAUGCCAGCUGGUGCUGCAGCUCGGGGCCUCACGGUGCUCCCCGGCAAAGGUCCCAUGGCACUGGGCUGGGCUGUGCUGGUGAUUCUGGUGCUGAGUGCCCUUUGGGCAUGCAGGGCUGUGCCACCGCUGGAGCCGGGCCAGCAGCGCGGCGUGGGAUGGGUCUGGGGAGCGAGCAAGCAGGCACAAGCUGAGCCUCUGCCACCCUCCCGCAGGAGAAGAGAUGAUGGUGGGCAGCAGCCCACUGCCACCACGCUGGGGCACGGCCACUCUGCCACCAUGCUGCCCAGCAGCAACCUGACUGAUUCCCUUGAGUCUGACCUGCUGCUGGGCUCUGUGCCACCACCAGCACCCUUCACCAACACCAGCCUGCAGCAGGGGCUUGCUGUGCCCAACACAGAGCUGCCAACUGACCUGCAGGAUGAGACUGAUCCUCCUGACCCUGGCCUGCUGCUGGGCUCUGUGCCACCACCAGCACCCUUCACCAGCACCAGCCUGCAGCAGAGGCUUGCUGUGCCCAUCACAGACCUGCCAACAGACCUGCAGGAUGAGACUGAUCCUCCUGACCCUGGCCUGCUGCUGGGCUCUGUGCCACCACCAGCACCCUUCACCAACACCAGCCUGCAGCAGGGCCUUGCUGUGCCAACCAUCACAGACCUGCCAACAGACCUGCAGGAUGAGACUGAUCCUCCUGAUCCUGGCCUGCUGCUGGGCUCUGUGCCACCACCAGCACCCAGCACACAGACAGCCCCCCAGAAGAGCUUCACCACUGUCCUCAGGCUCACAUUGCCCAGCAAGGAGGGGACAGCAGGCAGUGGCACGGACAGUAACUCGGUGACAUCCCCAGCCCUCAGUGCCACCAUCACGGGUGACAAGGUCAAGAAAUCCAGGUCUCCACACACGCCAACUCCUGCAGCCCCUUGGCACACCAAGCCCGAGGGGACCACGGAACCAGCCUUCUGGGAGCCCAGCAGGGUGGUGGGCAAGUGCCUGCUGGCAAUGCUGUUGCUGGCCCUGGUGGCUGCCACCUUCAUGGUGUGCACGGGGGUGCUGGGUACCCUGCUGUGGCGCCGGGCACGGUCAGCGCGGCGCCGGCUGAGCCACACCGAGAUGAUUUGCAUCUCCUCCCUGCUGCCCGACAGCGAGGUGCCCACCAACGGCCCCAGAGCUGCCCCUGGCCAGCGCCCGAAGCUGCUGCUCAACGGCGGCUCCGAGGUGGAUGGUGACAACCUGACUCUCAGCAGCUUCCUGCCAGAGCACUCCUGAGCUGCAUGGAUGGGAACUGCAGCCCAGAGCGUCGAGGGGAUGAGCCUGGGCACGGUGCCCACUCUGCUGUGCCCGCAGAGCCGUGGGUAGGGGACCCUUAUCUCCUCGGAUUUAUGCUUUAUCUUGGACUGGUGUGAGGAGGAGCUGCUUUCCCCUGGGGUGAGCCCUACCCUUGAUCCCAUCCCAUUAAAGUGUUACCUGGA